CAGGGCCAGAAGAGUUGGCAUGCUCAAGGGGAGAAUUAUGUCCAGCAGUGGAUGCAUAUCUCAGUAUAGUUCCUUUCGAUGGUCCAAAAAGAGGUCCAGAAAUGACGGUAGAAGGAGGUGGAAAUCAAGGACAAGGCAUGAAUUCCGACAGGGCAAAACAGUACUAUGUAGAGAAUAUCAAUAUCGUACAAGAGGACAUUGCGAUGCGGUGGCCUUUGGGCAUUGUACCUUACUAUUUCGAUUUGUCGUCCUAUGAUUACGUGAUGAACUCCCGAACACGUGAAGCAAUGGAUAUUAUAGAGGCAGUCUCCUGUGUCCGUUUUACAUCAGUUCUACUGAAGCCUGACAACAACUCCUGGAUUCACAUCACCAAUCCUGAUGGGGUUCGCGAAUGCAUGCAUAAGCCUAUAUAUAAAGGAUUUGAAGUUAUUGUGAACCUCGGCUUGGAAUGUCUGACCCGGCGCGAGAUUGUGCACACACUGCUGCACGCCAUCGGUUUCCCGGACGAAGUUACGCACCCUCAGCGAGAUCAGUACAUUAGGGUCGUAUGGGAGAACAUCCAACCAAGAUACAAGAUUCUGUUCCGCAGACAGCCUGACGAAGGACCUUCGAAGUCCCUGGUGGAAUUCGAUCCAAUGAGUAUUAUGCAAUUCCACGACCGCGCUUUCAGCAGAAAUGGCUACGCCACUAUCGCCGGAUUGUUGCCAGGUCUCCAAGUAAGGCCUUCAGAAGGUCUAUCGCAACUGGACAAAAUGAAACUACGGCUGUUGUUCGGCCAUGAAUGCAAUAGGCGAAGUGUUGAUGACCUUUUGGACACAUGCAAGAAGGAAUUUCGGAAUGACCAAUCAGCCAAUGGAGCUCAAAGUUCAGACGAAAAUAAUAAAGAUAAAUCACCACCUAAAGAAAGUUCAGUAGUAUCUGACAAUGAGGGUGAUGAUGGUAACGAUGUAGUGAAAGUCGAUGGUACCAAAAAACCGGUUGCUUUUAAAGACGAAUCCCAAGAAAUACAGUCUGAUGACGGCGUAAUUGAUGGAACUAUAGUUAAUAAACAUUUGCUUCUUAAAGAUGAAGUCACCGAAAAUAUUAACGACAAAGAUGACGAUAACGACAAAGAUAUCGGUAACGACAAAGAAAGCGCUGACGACAAAGAAAACGCUAACGACAAAGAUAACGCUAACGACGAAGAAAACGCUAACGACAAAGAAAACGCUAACGACAAAGAAAACGCUAACGAUAAAGAUAACGCUAACGACAAAGAAAAUGCUAAAGAAGGCUCUGUACCAUCUGGGAUUGACGGUGCAGGUAAUGACGCAGAGAAUGACGGUGAUAAUAAGAAUCCACAUAAGCUAAAGACGGAUGAUGUUGGAACGCAGUAUGAAGCUAAUGAGAUUGAUGAAGAUGUAAUAAAUUUUUCACAUAAUGAUGACAAUUCCAUAGUCGAUAGAGGAAACCACACUCCAUUUCAUUUAACUGAAAGUGAUCAUGACAAGGAACAGCCAAUAAAUAGUUACGAGAAUUCUAAUAUCGAAAUAGAUGAUAGAAUUGGGACAAUAGCUGAAUCGAAACGAAGGAAGUUAAAAAAAUAUUAAAAUUGGGUAGUGUCACGUUUUUAACCGACUUCAAAAAAAGGAGGAGAUUCUCAAUUCGAUUGCGUGUUUUUUUGUAUGUAUGUUACGCGAUAACUCC